AUGGGUACGGCUUGGACAGCCCCUUGUGACCUGAACCGAAUAGCAUUGGGUGCAACAUAUCACAACAUUUUAUCGGCUGCGUAUCGCUACCGGUAUAAAUUAGUGACCUCGUUCCUGUCGACACAAUUAAUGGCUGUACCAGAUCACCGGCAAGAAGUGAAGGCAGUUCUUAUUGACUUUGAGUGCAUAUUCUAA